AUGGCCGGUAUUGCCCUAUUUCGUCUAGCAGAAGAAAGGAAGCAAUGGCGAAAGGAUCAUCCAUUUGGCUUCAUCGCCAGACCGAUUAAGAAUGCUGAUGGAACGCUGAACCUCUUUAAAUGGGAGUGCGCCAUUCCGGGAAAGGAGGGGACGAACUGGGAGGGCGGGUUAUACAGGGUCGAACUAAAGUUCGACGAUGAUUACCCCUCAAAACCGCCGAAGUGCAGAUUUGCUCCACCGAUCUUCCACAUGAAUAUUUUUCAGUCAGGUUACAUCUGCCUCUCCUUGCUUGACGAGAAUAAAGGCUGGAAGCCGUCAGUUACAAUUAAACAACUACUCUUUGGAAUACAGGAUCUACUUGACGAUCCCAAUCCUGACGACCCCGCACAUUAUGAGGCAUACUGCAUAUUUUCUCACAACAAGUACGCUUACUUUCCAACACAUUCAAUUUAUUUUCUUUCUUGA